UUUAAUUUGAUUUGAUAAGAUAUAUAUCGGAAAUUGGCAUAUAUUGGAUGCCCGCGUACACGUGGCUCCAUUCGAACCUUUCCUUGCCUUUCGAUGGGAGAUGGCGUGGCCGGUGAAUGGCCAGCAUCUUCUUUAGUUCCUCCCCCUUUCACACAUACAUUUCUUACAAGCUUAAUUUGCUUGUGAAUUAAUAUAUUUGUCUUUCUAUGUGCAACUCUCUUUACUUUUCGAAGAAGUGUUUUGUAUAUCUAUCAUCAUAUUUGGCUUUCUCAAGGUCAAGGUUGAGAAAUCACAUCCAGUUUUUGCAUCUCUUGAUUAAUUCUGAAGAUGAACUCUCCAAGAAUUUAGCAUAUGCUUAGAUUCUAACAAGAGAUCGAAGAACUAAAGAGAGGGUUUCCAUAAAGAAUUGAAACAAAUGAUCUUUAUCAUGAUUGGGAUAUGAUGAUUCCAAAAGAAACAGAUCUCAACAAACUGGAAAUCAGCAGCUCAUCAGAUCGUGCCAAGAACUUCAAGCUCCCAUCCACCACAACUUCGUCAUCAACUCCAUCCUCAUCUGCAUCUGCAUCAUCUUGGUCGAGGCUAAAGGAUCCUCGAGUGGUCCGCGUGUCGAAGGCCUUCGGCGGCAAAGACAGGCACAGCAAAGUAUGCACCGUGAGAGGCCUAAGAGACCGGCGCGUGCGCCUCUCCGUCCCCACCGCCAUUCAGCUCUACGAUCUCCAGGACCGGCUAGGCCUCAACCAGCCAAGCAAGGUUGUCGAUUGGCUCCUCAAUGCUGCCAAGCAUGAAAUCGACGAACUCCCCCCCCUCGAAAUUCCUCCGGGGAGCUUCCAGGCAAUGGCGGAAAGAGAAGGCUGCAGAAUCAAGGCCAGCGCCGGCGCCGGCGCCGCCGUUAAUUGGAGCAGUGAACCUAAUUUGAAACAGGCGAAGCUGUUCAAGGAAGCUUCGGGAGAGGCCUGCAAUGGCGAUAGAGAAGAAAGCAAUUGGGGAAGAAAUGAUCAUCUGGAAAACUCCUCCUUGUCAGGUCUUUUGAAUUCUUCCAUCUCUUACAGCUCUUGUCUCCGGUGGGACCCUUCCAACCUGACGCUUUCCCACCCGCCGAGAAGCAACGGAUUGACGGCGCCGGAGGAUUGGCAGCACAAUUUUGGAUUAAUUCCGGCCUCCGCGACGCCGUCAGCUUCUCAUCAUCAGGUGCUGGUUUAUCAGCCUGGAUUGACGACGCAGCAGUAUUUCCACCCACAAAUCUCAGGCGGGAGUUCGGAUUUUGAUUUCAAGGAAUUGAAUUUUCAGAGUUCACAAUUGUCGUCUUCUUCCCCACCUAAAUCCUCCUCGGCCCAGCCUGGCAGGUCCAUCCAUUACAGCACCACUGUGAAUCUCCUCCCUUUGCAGAACAACGAUGGCGACCAGCAAAACAAAGGCAAUAUGUGAUUGAUCAUUAAUUCAAAUUCACGACUCUCUUUGAUUUCAUGUUUUGAUUGAUCAUCCGCCGCGAAAAUGCUUGUAAAGAAGCUGAUACAAGUGAUUGAUUAUUCAAUGAGUUACUCAGGUAAGCCGAAUUUGCCUCUCUCUAUCUCUCUCUUGAUGAGAGUACAAGCUAAGGAUGAACAUUCUGAACAUUACAUUACAUCCUAAUCCCAUAAUUUGGUAGUUUUUCUGAAAAAUAUAUGAGAGUUUCACAACUGGUGCCCAAAUUUUCUAAGUUCUUGAUUAAUCUAUGAUGUGCAAUUUAGGGCACAAACUCUACAUUUUAAUCAAAUAUAUGUGGCAUGAUCAUCAUUUCAUGUAAAAUCAAUUAACUAUAAUUACACACCUAAUGAUAAUCUCAUUAUUUUUUUGAUGAUUAA